AGGGCGAGCCCGACUCACCGCCUCCUUGGCGCACCCGCUGCAGGAUGCCCGAUUUCAUCGGCGACCCGAGCUCGGUUUAAUUUCGCCGAUGGAUCGGGGGUUGGCGGCGGCCCCGGCGAGGCCCCGGAUUCGCGAUCACCAUAUAUGAGCGAAGGGGGCAAGAGCCUUUCUGGGAAGCAUUCCUGCCGAUCUAAGAUUUUGUGCUCUUUGAGAAGAGGCGUGAAAUCGCUGAGCCAGUGUCCAGCCCUUCGCCACCACCGAUCAUCUUAUUCCCUAUUGAAAUCUAGUCAGGAAAGGCGAUCACCAUGGAAGAGGAGAAGCAUUACGAUGGUAUCCUAAGGGGUCACCUCGCCGGCAACUUCAACCUUGAAAGGGUGGAACGUGCACGGCUAGCUACUGAGGCGGAAAGAUCAAUGAAAUUCGGAGCUGUGCUUCGCAAAUAUUGGAAAGCGGCCGCCUGGAGUGUGGUCCUUUCAACUGCGCUGGUCAUGGAGGGGUUCGAUGUGAUCAUCAUCAAUUCCUUUUGGGGCAAUCCCGCCUUUCUUGAAAGAUUCGGACAGAGAGACGGGGAUGGACAUUUGUACAUCCCCGCCAAUUGGCAAGCUGCUAUCAACAAUGCCGCUCUCAUCGGGGAGAUUGUCGGCCUAGGCAUGACUGGUAUUUUACAAAACCGAUACGGAUCCAGACCGACAUACUUGAUCGGAAUGUUCAUAAUGGCAGUCACCAUUUUUGCUCCAGUUUUCGCAACGAGCCUCGAGAUCCUCUUCGCCGGCGAAAUUCUGAUGGGCUUGGCGUGGGGAAUGUUCCAGACAUUGACGACCGCGUAUGCGGCUGAGAUCUGUCCGAUCGCCUUGAGGGCAUACCUCGCAUCCUACGUCAAUAUGUGCUGGGGCAUCGGCCUGACGCUUGGUGCUGGGGUCGUUCGGGGUACUCUCAACAUAGAAGGGCAAUGGAGUUGGCGACUCCCUUACGCGCUCCAAUGGAUCUGGCCUUUGCCACUAUUUGUGGCGGUAUGUUUCGCUCCAGAAGGUGAGUCUAUGUAUAUUCCAAAUCCAUUAUUGUCUUAUGUUUGCUCCACAGGCCCUUGGUGGCUCGUCAAGAAUGGCAAGAUUGAAGAAGCCCGACGUUCACUCUGGCGUCUGGCUGCUGAAGGCUCUUGGACCGAUGAGGGAUUGGAUGAUUACAUCGCGUUGAUCGAAUACACCAAUGAGCUUGAACGGGAAGAAGUCGCUGGGUCCGGGUUCGCGGACUGCUUCAGAAAGUCCAAUCGUCGCCGGACGGAGAUAGCUUGCAUGGUUUGGACUAUUCAAUAUUCUUGUGGACAGCCGAUCGUCAAUUACACUACCCAGUUCUUGCAGACAGCUGGAAUGAACGCUGAUCAGGCAUUCGAUAUCAACCUCGGAAACAACGCUAUGAUUGUCUUUGGGACGCUCGUCACUUGGGUAACGAUGAUCUAUAUCGGUAGGAGACCAUUAUACAUUGCAGGCUGCGCAGGAAUGGCCAUCGUUCUUGGUAUCACCGGGAUCAUGGGCUGUAUCAAGCAGACUACCAACGUCACCUGGGCUAUUGGAGUCCUCCUACUCCUUCUCACCCUCGUCUUCGCUUGCACGGUCGGACCUGCUUGCUACACCAUAGUUGCCGAGCUGCCUUCCUCUCGCGUCAGACAACAGACGAUCAUUCUCGCUCGGGGCUGUUAUCUUGUCGCCGGAGUCAUCGUCCAGCAACUCAAUCCACGCAUGCUUGGCGUGGCGGACUGGAAUUGGGGAGCGAAAGCGGGAUUCUUCUACCUCGGCACGAACGCACUUGGCUGUGCAUAUUGCUACUUUCGCCUACCGGAGACAAAAGGCCGGACUUUUGGCGAACUUGACGUCUUGUUCUCCAACAACGUUUCUGCCCGAAAGUUCAGGUCCACUCCAGUGUCAGCUUUCGAGGACACCACUGCUGUACAGCAUUCUAUCGUUGAUCAAAAGGCUGAGGAGACUAGAAUCGAGCUCGCAGUUGGUGUUUAGCGAUUCGACUUGAUUACCUGCGAGACGACUAUGGUGUGCCACUCUUGAAAUGUAAGAUAGAGAGAUAUACGCAAUCAGAAUGAAGUAACAAUAUUUGGGUCGGAACUGGAUGUAGUAGUGAUGUAGCUGUGAACACAUCCGCGGCUCUGGGUCAGAAUCAUCCUCGGCUCUUUAUGUUUGUGCAAUGCUGAAGCGCCAUGCUGUGACAGCCACUACCUGAUAUUUACUCUUCCUGUAUUCUUACGCCUCGUCAAACAAGGCAGGCCUGGUUCAUUGAACAGCCUGCUAGUAUGCCGGGCUGCGCAGCUGUGUGAUAGUACAUGGAUAUACUUUUCACUACGAGAAGU